GAGGGGGGGUGUGUAGCUGCCCUUUCCACCCCCACCGAUUGCUUUGUCCCAAGAUCUUACAUUGCAUUUCCAACGGCCAUCAUACCAUCUCAUGACGCCCAUCCUUAGAUUCCCCUAGGAGAGAGACCAUCGUCGCCAACGCCACCACUAUCACCCCCUUCAACGUCUCCGAAUCACGAAUCCCAUCCAAACUCCACCUCGCAAAUUCUCCCCUCCCCUCCCCUCCGCCUCAUGAGAAGAUCCACCUUAGAAAGGCAACUACUUUGGCAUUCCAAUUGGAAAAAAAUGGCGUUUUUCCUCUUCCCUGGCCUUAUCAAUGGGGAUUGCUGUCUCUUUUGCGUUAGGUGACACCUUCGAAGGAGUGGAAUAAAGAGGUUUUUUGUUGCCAUUCUCCUUCUCUAUCUUAAUCUCAAUGGGAGGCAAGUUUUGGGGACUUUGUGGUUACGAGAUAUCUGGAUUCCUCUUGGAUUGUCAUAUAAAAGGGACUCAUUCCCAAAAACCCUUUUCCUUUGCUUCUUUGCUCUUUAAUUUUAACUUUCCCUUAUCAGAAUGCAAGCAUUCGGCACCGGAUGCAUCUUGACCAUUUCCCCUCCUCCGAUCCCAUCUCCAAAAUCUCUUUCCGUCGCCAUUGCUCAAGCUUUCGAUGCUUGGAACGAACCCCCUUCCGUGCAUUUAGCCAAAGCUUUUUCGCCUGCAAGAACCUUUGUUCGUUCCCAUGGAGAGAACCCUUCUGUAAAAAUCCCACCUUGUCCCCAUCUCCUUCUCUCACAACCCCAUUCCUUUGUUUUUUAGAUGAACAAAUCGUUCAUGCGUUCAAAAAUUCGAUUUUCCUGCCGCUGCUGUUGUUACAAUUAUCUUUGUUAUUUGUGAGCAAAUGCCUAUUCUUCUAUCUCGACCGCAGCCUUCCAUCUCUUCAGGAAUCCGCCAUUAAUCUUUCAAGAGCCAUAUAGAAUUAUAGAGUUAGAAUGUUUGGACCCCAAGCCCAGAGAGAACUCUCCAAUGAGUAUUCGCCGAGAAGAAUACUCUAUUGGAAGCCCUUAAUCCCCUCCCCAGCCGCCGCGGCUGCCGCCGCCGCCGCCCCCAUCACCACCUCAAUGGCUAGGAAGGCCAGCAUGCUCACUGUGAAAUUUGAGGACCUUUACGGGUUCACCGUCGAGGGGAACAUCGACGAUGUCAAUGUGCUGAAUGAGGUGAGGGAGAGGGUGAGGCAGCAGGGCAGGGUUUGGUGGGCCCUGGAGGCGAGCAAGGGAGCCAAUUGGUACCUGCAGCCGGAGAUCUCAUCCAAUGGCGAGGGGAUCUCCGUCGCCUCGCUGAAGCUGUCGACUCUCGCUAACACCAUCACAUUAAAGAAGCUGAUAAGGAAGGGGAUACCACCGGUGCUCAGGCCCAAGGUGUGGCUCUCAGUCUCGGGCGCUGCAAAGAAGCGGUCGACGGUGCCGGAUAGCUAUUUUGAUGAUCUGAUCAUGGCUACCGAGGGGAAGGCCACGCCUGCCACACGGCAAAUCGAUCACGAUCUUCCACGAACUUUCCCGUGUCAUCCUUGGUUGGACACUCCAGAAGGCCAGGCAUCUCUUCGACGUGUCCUUGUUGGAUAUUCUUUUCGAGAUUCAGAUGUUGGUUAUUGCCAGGGUUUAAAUUAUGUAGCUGCACUGUUGUUGCUAGUAAUGAAAACAGAAGAAGAUGCAUUUUGGAUGCUUGCUGUCUUGCUGGAAAAUGUGUUGGUGAAUGAUUGCUACACCGAUAACCUUUCUGGUUGCCAUGUUGAGCAAAGGGUGUUCAAAGACCUGCUUGCUAAAAAAUGCCCAAGGAUAGCUGCUCAUCUAGAAGCCAUGGAGUUUGAUGUCUCGCUUGUAGCCACGGAGUGGUUCUUGUGCCUCUUCUCCAAGAGCUUGCCUUCAGAGACAACUCUGCGGGUCUGGGAUGUUUUAUUCAACGAGGGAGCAAAGGUUCUGUUUCAUGUUGCCCUGGCAAUUUUUAAGAUGAAGGAAGAGGAGUUACUAUGUACCCAUCAAAUUGGUGACGUGAUUAAUAUUUUGCAAACAACCACGCAUCAUCUAUAUGACCCUGAUGAGCUGCUGAGGGUCGCUUUUGAUAAGAUCGGUUCUAUGACAACGAACACAAUAACAAAGCAAAGGAAAAAGCAGGAACCAGCUGUCAUGGCCGAGCUAGACCAAAGACUCAGACGGUUGAAUUCUUUGAAGAUGGAUAGAAAAUAAUCAGCUUCAAUACAUUCGAAGCCAGAUUCUCUAAUCACAGACUGAGGUUGAUGCUCUUUUGGAGAGAUGGUGUAAGACUGCAUCCCUACGAGCAAAGACCAGGCACUGCCUAAAACACAAAUCUGAAAAUGUCGCAUGGAACUAGGGUUUGGUUAUGCACUAGCCCUAUAAAUUUUCUUUGGUCAUGUAUGAAGAUUUUGUUUUUUUCUUUGUAAUGCAACGAACAGUCACAAGGUUAUAGCUUCAAGCCUUUAAACUCUGAAUUGUUUUUAUUUGUCUAAGCAAAGCAAUAAUUUAAAACACAGAGAAAUAAUGUCGAUGGA